AUGCAGAGCACAACAAUGGAAGAAACAGCUAUAUGGGAACAACACACGGUGACUCUUCACAGGGCGCCUGGAUUUGGAUUUGGUAUUGCAAUAUCUGGAGGAAGAGAUAAUCCUCACUUUCAGAGUGGUGAGACAUCAAUAGUUAUUUCUGACGUGCUGAAAGGAGGCCCAGCAGAAGGACUGCUACAAGAAAAUGACCGUGUUGCAAUGGUUAAUGGAGUCUCAAUGGAUAACGUGGAACAUGCAUUUGCUGUUCAGCAGCUGAGGAAAAGUGGGAAGAAUGCCAAAAUUACUAUCCGAAGGAUGAAGAAAAUUCAGAUUCCAGUGGCUCGCCCAGACCCUGAACCAGUGUCUGAAAAUGAGGACGACAGCUACGACGAGGAAAUCCGGGAUCCAAGGAGCAGCCGUGGGGGUCCCAGUGCCAGCAGGAGGCACGAGAAGAGCUGGGGCAGGGAGCGCAGUGCCAGCAGGGAGAGGAGCUUAUCACCCAGGUCAGACAGGAGGUCGGUCGCCUCCAGUCAGCCUGCAAAGCCUACCAAAGUCACACUGGUGAAAUCCAGGAAAAACGAAG